AGAGAGCCUUCUACCAGAGAGAGAGGAGAAGGCCUCCUCUGUGCUCUGUCCUGAUACUUCGAGCACCCCCACCAUCCCUCCCUGGAUGGGGACCCCACUCCCAUCUCCUGACUCUGGCCUUUCUCCACUGCAGAGAGAACAGCUGCUCCCAGCAGGGCUCCCAGUCCACGCCAUGGAGACAGAUCCUUCCCCUGACCUCUGAGAUUCCCCAGUGUGCUGGCUGCAACCAACAUAUCCUGGAUAAGUUCAUCCUGAAGGUCCUGGACAGACACUGGCACAGCUCCUGCCUCAAGUGCGCAGACUGCCAGAUGCAGCUGGCUGACAGAUGCUUCUCCAGGGCCGGCAGUGUCUACUGCAAGGAAGAUUUCUUCAAACGCUUUGGCACAAAAUGCACAGCCUGCCAGCAGGGCAUCCCCCCGACCCAGGUGGUCCGCAAGGCUCAGGACUUUGUCUACCACCUGCACUGCUUUGCCUGCAUCAUCUGCAACCGGCAGCUGGCCACGGGGGACGAGUUCUACCUUAUGGAGGAUGGCCGGCUAGUGUGCAAAGAAGACUAUGAGACAGCCAAGCAAAACGAUGACUCGGAGGCUGGGGCUAAGCGACCUCGGACCACCAUCACAGCAAAGCAGCUGGAGACACUAAAGAACGCAUACAAGAACUCCCCAAAGCCUGCCCGGCAUGUGAGAGAGCAGCUCUCCUCCGAGACAGGCCUGGACAUGAGAGUAGUACAGGUUUGGUUUCAGAACAGAAGAGCCAAGGAGAAAAGGCUAAAGAAGGACGCGGGGCGCCAUCGCUGGGGCCAGUUCUACAAGAGUGUCAAGAGGAGCCGGGGAGGCAGCAAGCAGGAGAAGGAGAGCUCAGCAGAGGACUGUGGGGUUAGUGACAGUGAGCUGAGCUUCCGAGAAGAUCAAAUACUCUCAGAGCUUGGCCACACCAAUAGGAUUUAUGGCAACGUGGGGGACGUUACAGGCGGACAGUUAAUGAAUGGGAGUUUCUCCAUGGAUGGGACAGGACAAUCCUAUCAGGACUUGAGGGAUGGGAGCCCUUAUGGAAUCCCCCAGUCUCCGUCCUCCAUAUCGUCCCUCCCAUCCCAUGCUCCUUUGCUCAAUGGGCUGGAUUACACCGUGGACAGUAAUCUGGGCAUCAUUGCGCAUGCAGGGCAGGGAGUCAGCCAGACACUGAGAGCCAUGGCUGGGGGACCCACCUCUGACCUCUCGACAGGAAGCAGUGUAGGCUACCCUGAUUUUCCAACUAGCCCAGCCUCUUGGCUCGAUGAGAUGGACCAUCCUCCUUUUUAGACUUUCCUCGUCACCCUCCUUGUCCUCCUGGUAUGAGAGAAUGUCUUCAAGGAUCAAAAGUACGCCAAUGUGAAUUUCCAUUAUUUUCAAUGGAAGUCCUCCGCCGAUUCCCAGGAGGCGGAGACCACACUAGGAUACUGCUUUCUUGGGAAGAGACAGGAGAGCAGCCUCAUCUCUACCACAGCACAGGGGUGGACAGCCUAGAACUCUAAGGAUGCUGGCUUGUUGGCUCCCUCCCCUCCCGCCCUGCUUAGAGGCUUUGGCUGCUCAGUGCUUGGACAGCACAAGGUGACUGUGACAGGCCACCUUGGCCUUUGGGGACUCUGCUCCAGCUGGUGCAUCUCACACUUGGUCUCCCAAAUCAUCCCUCUCACCAGAACCAGGAUUCCCGUGGGGGAGGCACCAUGGUGCCCCCCCCCCCCAGAAUAAUAAAAUAGUUUCUGGACCACCUUGAUUACACACUAAUUUUCAAAAUAAAGUCAGUUCUAAAGGCUAGUAAAAUACUGAUGCCCACAGUUUGAUAUUAAAAACAAAACAAAACAAAACAAAACAAAACAAAACAAAACAAAACCCGGACCCCAUUCCAUUCUGUUUGCUGCUGUGAAAAUGGAGACUCUUUCCCUACCUGCACGUGCAACCCAGAGUCAGUCUGGGUUUAAAAAAACCACCCUGUCUGUAUUAUUGAACCCCUGAUGGCAAGAAAUGGCUUCCACUGCAAGUGACUCUGGAUCUUCCCACGGGGUCUGAUGAGCCCCCCUUGGUGCCUUUUAAUUUGCUUACAUCAUUUGCUCCCCAAGACAGGCUGAGGGCUACAAAAUGAUCAAAGCUAACCCAUGCAGAGACCAGAGUGACAAUCAGUGAAGAUGUUUGUAGAUACAUUCAGAUUCCCAGUGCUUGGUCUGUUUAGCCACACUAGCGGAUGUUAGUCUUCCCCAACCUCUUGGUAUUGUGACAGGGCAGAAAGAAGCCAGGAGCCUCCAUGGUACUCAGAGAGCUGGCUUUGAUGAGUUGCAAGGCUAUUCUCCCUUAAAAGAGUAGCUUCCUCUGCUGUACUAGUGGAUCCUGUUUUUGUUGCUUCCAGGGACCAGCUUUUUUUUUUUUUUUUUGGCUUAGCUUGGUUUGGUUUGGAAGAAUAACUGAGCUCUCUGGUUGGACUCCUGCCAUGCUGCAGGCUCUAGCCCUGCACUUAGAAAGCCCUAGCUCUCUGGCUAGCCCCAGUGCAGGGACUCUCUGCCUGCAAGGUUAGCAAUUAUUUAAACCUGCAGUAGAGAGGUCAGCCUGGCUCUCAGUCUGUCACCAAGGCUUGCCCCUCUGGUGACAGAGAUGCAAGUAGUGGCAACUGUCACUGGUGUGGCCCACUUCUGGCCAUCAGGAAGUGCACCGGUUUUAAAAUGGGAUUUCAGCCACCCCCUCAGGAAACUGGUUGAUUCCUUCUUCACAUUCUUUUAAACAAGACUUGAGAGGAAGGAAAAGGCGAGUGGGCAUUGCCUUUCUUUUACAUGAAGUGAUGAGACCAAAGGCCCAAGGAUCCCCGUCCCCACCCCCCACCCCCUUUUGUUUUCUGUCAGCCAUAUUUUGAGGAUUCAGGUAUGUGGUAGGGGAUGAAGGGAAGAAACCCAUUUCUUCUUUGGCUGCUGUCUUUUUUAUAAGCCUCUUUCAAAGCUCAGUUCAGUUAAACUUAUUCUUUGGAGAAAGAGUUUUCUGCUCAGUUCUGUAGUAGUGUUUUGGUGGGCUCUAGCCGGUCUUGCUUUUCUUUGGAGAGUGCAGACCCAGACUUCUUUCUUGAGAUCUCAUGUCUGUGCGUGAUGAUAUUCACAAGUCAAUGGAAUCCCCCAAAAAUGUGAAUGCUGUGGGUGGGGUGGGGGGACACAAUGGAGAGACAGAUGCAAGAAUAACAUGCCAUUCAGAGGAAAUGGCAGCCAUCAAUGUGACGGUCCCCUUUUUAAAAUACCCGAUUCUCAGCAGCCAGCUGAUAACACACAGGCGCAGAGCCAGGCUGGGUAAGUGAGGUGAAAGGCUGCCUGAGCUAGGCCCCUGCCUCAGCUCCACCGUUGGUUAGUGUCUCGUGGGGUUGUCUUUGGACAUUGUGUGCAGCACCUCUGGAGACUGAGUGCAGCUGGUUGGGUUUUGGUUUUGUAAAUGAGCUAAUCCUACUCUCAACUUAGUAAUGGGAGGCUGUUCUCACUCAGCUACCGUGAGUGUCUUGAGGAAGUUGGUGGGCAUCGCUGUGAUGUUGGCAGCAGCUUCUUGGGGUUCUUUUGGGGCCAUUGAGCUGGAAGGGCUCUUAGGACAGCACUGGGUAGGAGGCUCUGAGGGUUUUCUGUGAGUUUCUUUAAGUUCUGUUCAGAGCCAGCUCUCCAGAGGGCAGCACACUCUGGUACCCACUUACAAGCACAGCCACAUCAGGGCUCAGAUUUUAAGUGGAUCUCCCUGCAAGUUCUGUUCAAAUUACGGCUGGGCUGGUGUCCCAGCGGGUACUGCCCGCCAAGACUGUUCUUUGGCUUGCCUGUGGUUCAAGAUGGAGAGUGGGACGCUACCUUAUGACGGUCUACACUAGGGUACCAGGUACCCUCUGGUAGCCUUUCCCUCCUGGUCUUGGAGCAAAGAUGAUUUCAAAACAUGAAGUGUGACCUUACAGAGUCAUUUAUAGCGUUGGGCCCAGUUUUGGCUCUAAGACUUAAUUGACACCUAUGUUAGGGAAUGUCCAGCAGACUUCUGAAUCCUGGAACAAAUUUUAAAAUUAGUUUAAAAAAAAAUCCAUUUCCAGAGGCAAUUGGCAUAAGCAAGAAUGGAAGCAGAUUGAGUCUGGAGAAGUCUUUAUCUAUGGAAAGUGGGCAAAGUGGGCCAUCUGGGUCCUGCUCUUGGUGAAGUCUGCGGGAUGUGGACCCAUUUCUCUCAGGCCCCUCCUGCUAGUUACAGUGUGAGGUGAACACCAGGGACCGUAUUGAGAAUUUUGUUCCCGCUAAUUAAUACAGUCAGGCCACAGGGAAAGAACAAAAUUAAGACCCAGGGAAAGCACGGGGCAGUAGCCUGAAAGUUAUCUUCUGCCCUUAUAAAACAUAAAAUCUAGUAAGAUAAUUGAGGGCUGUUAGCUCAUCCUUAUUAAGCCCAACUUGCAAGAACGAGUGUAAAAAAAAAACCCGUAAGACAAAACAGCCAGUCCCACGUAUGAUGCUCCCAGACUGAGGGGCCUGCUGGCAGGAAGGCUUCAAGGCUUCUGAGCUGCGUGUUGACCACAGUCCACCGUCCCUACACAGCCCCUCCCACGCCCUAGUACUGACACCUAGCUCCAACCACGGCAGAGAUGACCAUACACACCUCCUCAGCCGGCGGGGUCUGGAGGCUCAUUUUUAAACGGUGCACUUUAAAAAUUGGAAACGGUGAGAUGAGAUGAAGAGAAAUUCAAUUAAGCGGAAAUGAGUUUUGUUUUAUAGCCUGCUGCUGAAGGGCUCUGGGCAUGCUGAAAGCUAAAUAAAAGCACACCACUGGCUCUCUCUUUCUUGGAUUGGUCAAGUGCCCCUCCCCUCCUUUUUUUUUUUUUUUUCUUUCAGUCGUUGUUCCAACUGCUCUACCAGUGACUGGAGCCAAAAAGAGAGAGCCCAGCAAAGCCAUCCCAUCCCCACUCUGCUUGUUAGGACCACACUAAAAGCACAGAUUCAUGCUGCUAGCUCUGGUGAGGAGACAGCUGCAGGUUUGGGAGGGGUGCCAAGCCUUCCUUCAUUCCUUUGCAUAGUGAGGCAGAACGCAGGUGGACAGAGCCAGGCCACCUCCACUCCCGCCUGAUGUCGCCUACAGGCAGGGAUCACUGGGGUGUGACUGUGUGAGGACCGUGUUCACCUGAGGAGCAGGUUCAGGGCUGCAGGACCCCAGAUGCUGCUCUGAGCUCACACUUAGACCUCAAAGUCCCAGAUCUCCUAAGCAUUGGAUUGUCACCCCAUCCUUCAUGGUGUAAAUUUUGUACAGUUAAAAAGAAAUGAAGUUGCGUUUCCUGGGAAAAAGAGAAGAAAAGGAAAAAAAAAACCAAACAAACAAAGAAAAAAAAAAACAACAAAAAGAGCACCCACCCCUCCUUAUUUAUUGCCAUGUGACUUUGGAGAGCCGAACUGGUGCGUUUGUUUGUAUAUGCCUCCUGUGUGCUGGCAUGAGAUGUGUAUGGUAAAACUGUAAAAUAAAGAUGGAAAUUCUUUAGAA